AUGCCGACCGCCACCAUGACGACCCGCCAGAGCGACCAAUACCUCCAAGUCCCGAAACGCCUCCACAACCGCAAAGCCCGCUCCAAGUCUCGAGAACGAGCCUCAGAAAUCAUGACCGGCCACGUCGACAUCCCCUCCGACUCGCAAGUCAUCGUCUCCCCGCAGAAAUUGAGCUUCCGAUCACGAUCCCCUCCCCUUCCAAUCCGACCAGAACCAUUCCGAAGAGCAGCGAGCUACAACAAUCUCGGAACCCCAGCACACAACAACGGAGUGGAAAGUCCACUCGCCGUCCAGUCCAUCUACACCCCACCUACCCCCCUCCGCGUCACAACCCUCACACCUCCACCCUCCAAAUCCCCCUACCAACCCUUCUCCCCACCCCCCCUCUCCCCACCUCUAACCCCCCCUCCAACCUCCUCCCAACGCCAGUCACCUUCCGCCCCAACCCUCCGCUCCCUCCUCAUCGGAACCUGGACCCUAGAAUCCUACAUCGCCUACCCCACCCCUUCUUCCCCUCUCCAACGCCCCACUUUCCCCAUGACCCGCUCCGUCACGGGUUUCAUCCUCUACACCCCCGACGGCUACAUGUCCGCGACGAUGCUCAUCCCGGGACAAAAACCCUUCCAACGCGGUAGCGGAGGAAAUGAUGAGGCGCAGUGGGCGGAAGCGGGGAAGCGGUGUUUUGGGUAUUGUGGACCGUACUACAUCUCCCUUUCUCCCGCAGAGGGGGAUGUCGAUGAAGAUGGGAAGCAGAGGGAGGUGUUGAGGCAUACAUUCCAGUGUUGUAGUUUGCCCGGGUGGGUGGGCGAUGUACAGGUCCGGACGCAUCGGUUCGAGGAGGAAGGGGAGGUGUUGGUUUUGGGGAGUGAGGGGCCGACGGAGAUUAAGGGCGACAAACGCAUUCCUGUCCUCAAAUGGCGGAGGGCGAGAGAUAACUCCACCGCCAGUCCUCCCGCGCCGACGCCUCAAAUCAAGAUCAGUGGGCCGGGUGAGCCGUGA